AUGCCAAAAGGAAAGAAAAAGGGUAAAUACGAACAUAAAAGAACAGAGCAGGCCUAUUCUUCAGAUGAAGAUGCAGGCAUAGAUAUGACCAUAGACAAUUGUUCUGAAAUAUCAGGCCAAUCAGAUCUGAAGAGCAACCAAGAGGAAACAGAAAAUGAUGCUCAGGAGAAACUGGAAGAGAAGGUGCUAGAAUUAAUUGAAGCGCUGAACGCUAGAGCGAAUGCAGCCCGUGCCGCUGCACUGGUAGCCUUGCAUGGGGCACUGCAACGGCGCUAUUUAGCCGGACUUCUUAUCAAUCAUCGGGCAACAUUGGCUGAUCACAUAUCUCGCGCAUUGCGCCGUGGGAAGGAUGGAGAGAAACGUGGAGCUGCUAACGUCGCUUCCUUACUAGCUUUGCAGAUUGGUGAAGAGGGCACAGAGGAUUUUAUGAAGGAGGUCAGACCAGCGCUGUUUGCCGCCUGUACAGAUAAGUCUGCUUCGCUCGAAACCCGGACAGAGUGCUGUGCAUCACUUGCGGUGCUUUGCUACCUACUGGAAGAUGACCUCACUGAAAUCAUUGAGAUUAUGCGUAUGUACGAGACAAUCUUCAGUGGCAGCUACCUUAAAGGCGACAGCACCGUGAAGGUGUCGGGGCCCGCAGUGGAGGAGGGCUCGUGGCACGCGGCGGCCCUGGACGGCUGGGCGUUGCUGCUCUCGCUGCUGGAGCCCUCGCACGCGGCGGCCCUGCUCCGGAGCCAGCCGCCGUCGCCGCGACGGCUCGUGCAGCUCCUGGAGGCCUGCAGCCUCGAGGUGCGCAUGGCGGCGGGGGCCGCGCUGGCGGUGGCCCACGAGCGCACCGCGGACGAGGAGCUGGCCUGGCCCGAGGAGGAGCUGGUGCCGCUGCUGCUGCAGCUGGCCCGCGACCCGCACAAGUACCGCGCCAAGCGCGACCGCAAGGCCCAGCGCGCCACUUUCCGCGACAUCCUCAAGUACUUCGAGGGCGCGGAGGUGGCCGAGCUGAGCGUGCGCGUGGGCGCCGAGACGGUGCGGUGCGGCGGGUGGGCGGCGCGCGGCGCGUACGGCGCGCUGGCCGGCGCGCUGCGCGGCGGGCUGGCCGCGCUGGCGCCGCACGCGCCGCCGCUCAGGCACGCGCUCGGCCUGCCCGCCGCGCAGCCGCUCGCCGCGCCGCAGCGCCGCCUCGACAAGCUGCAGCGGCACUUGCAGAACAACGCGGCGUGCAAAGCGAGGCAGCUGGCGCGUAACAAGAGCCGGGACAAGCGCUCCGCUGCACUCGCCCUC